UCUGGCUCCUGUUCUAGCUUUUAGAGACUAUAGGAACCACAGUAGCCCUGCAUUCAGAGAAUGCAAGUGUUAUAUGGUAAUAGGGUACUAUGAGCCAUUUUUUGUUUCUGACACAUUGGAAACAUCACUGAAAGUUAAACUGACCUUUGUCCUCUCUGUGUGUCUUGCAGGGUGUCUGCUUCUUCUUCUACUGCGUCUUUAGCAGAGAGCUGAGGAUGAACCUGAAGCAGAUAUUGAUCAGGAAGAAGACGAGUGGAGAACUCAGGAACACCUCUGUCCUGAUUCGCUCUCUGAACAGGAAGCAGUCGUUCUGUGGAGAUGAAGGUCUUUAUCGUACCACCAUCGGAGAGUCCACAGUGUCUCUGAACAGAAACAAAGAACUGAAGUGCCCCGCCUCCUCCACCUCCUCCACCUCCAGCAGGAAGUGUUUCCAUGGUAACAACAACAACAACUCAUCAAUCUUAACCCGGAAACAGUUCAGAAGAAAAGACUCUGACAGUUCAGACAGCAGCUCUGACGCUUCAUUUCACUCAUCGGACAGCGAAUAUGAACGAUGGAAACAUGAGUGGAACAACCAGAGACAAGAAGAGCAGAAGACGAACCCACUCCAGGCUUACUGGCCGGUGGUUCCUCCCACAGUCACUGACAGUGAAGGAGGAGGUGGAGGAGAUGAGGAGGAGGUGAAGCUCCAAGUGGAGAACAAAGUCAACAACCAAUCAGCAGCUGAAGACGGAGCCCUGCCCAGCUCGCCUGACAGCAACCAGCAGCCAAUGAGACGACGAGGGAUUUUAAAGACCAGGAUCCCCCCUCUCCCCCGUCCUCCACUUCCUCCUCCGCCUGCAGUGAUGGACAGAAACCGGAAGUACCUCCUCAGUGAAGCCCCACCCCUCUUAUUCAAGGCCCCCUCCACUCCAACAAAUCGCAGCCUUGAUCGGCAGGUCACCGGGGGAAACAGUCAUCCCAUCUCUUCCCCUGAUGCUGCAGACACGCCCACUCGCGUCACCAUGGCAACAGCACAGUGGAGUCACUAUGGCAACCAGAACAAGGCUAACGACUGCGGAUGGAGAUGAGUCUGACAAUGAAACAUCCGUCUGAAGUUUCACUCAGGGACCUGAGAAGAAGAAUCAGCUGUUAUCAUGAAGGAACAAAGGUUGAUGGGUGACAGGAUGUUUGACACGGAGGUCACAUCCUGUUGUCAUUAGGCCGGCAGCACUGGACCUGAAUCUAUUUCUAAAGUUUGACAUUUUAAUAUUGGGCCUCAUGGAGAUUGACUCACUUUUGGAGCCAGCCGAAGGUGGCCGUUAGAACUAGAUUAAUCUGUAGCCACAGAAGUUGCUGAUUGUGUUUGAGUAGUGGAGGAGAAGAAGAAGAAGAAGAAGAAGAAGACAUUCAGGGAAAUCUAUUUUUAUUUGAAAGGUAUGUUUUUGUUUUUUAUGUAGAGAUGAUUUUUUUAUAAACUUUUGUAAAGCAUACAACUAAUGUAUAUGUAUGGUUUUUAAAUCAAGAUCUGAUUGUAAAGUUAAAUGUUUUGAAUUUUUUUUAACAAUCAAUUAACCCUGUUGCUACCCUGUUAUGUCUCUAUAUGUAAUGUGAUAUCCAGUGAGUAUUUCAUUGGGUUCAGUGUUUAUUGAACACAGCAGGCCAUAAAUGUUGAU